GUCGCUGCCGCGGGGGGGUCGCGCCGGCAGUGCCGCGCCGGUGGCGGGGCCGCUGCCGCCCCUCCUGCGGCGGUGGGGCGCCGGGCGCCCCGGGAAGGCCGGCCGGUGGCGGGCUUCUGCUGGGGUGCGUGAGGGGCCUUGGGCGGCCGCCUAACCUGUGUUAAAUCUGCGUUAGCAGUCUCGGACGUCUGCUGUACCCCUGUUAACUUUAACUUAAGGAGUUUGUUUUCUGUAUAGAGAUUUGGGGAAGGGAAGUCCGUAGCAGCCUUCGAAAGAUACAGAAGAAGAUGAUGAAGAAUCUCCCUUUCUUGAGAAUGGAGCCUUUUUUUGCAUAGUUCAAACUUAAUUGUGGAACUUGCCAUCAGAGGAUAAUUUUUUAUUCCUGGGUCGACAGUUUAUCACCUGUUUGUAUUCAAUGGGACGACGAGUUCACUUUGUGGUUGACCCUCAGGGUUGGUGCUGUAUGGGCCUGAUUAUCUUUGUCUGGCUGUACAAUACGAUCUUCAUUCCAAAAGUCAUCCUUUUUCCUCACUAUGAAGAGGGACAUAUCUCAGUUGUGGCAAUUCUGUGUUAUUACUUCUGCUCGUUGUUUUGUAUAGCUUCAUUACUGAGAGCCUCAAUAGCUGAUCCAGGAAAGCUACCUGAAAACCCAAAGAUACCAAUUACAGAACGAGAAUAUUGGGAAUUAUGUAACAAAUGUAAUAUGCUGAGACCAAAGCGUUCACACCAUUGCAGUCGUUGUGGACAUUGUGUGAGGAGGAUGGAUCACCACUGUCCAUGGAUUAAUAAUUGUGUCGGUGAAGACAAUCAUUGGCUAUUUUUGCAGCUGUGUUUCUACACUCAGAUCCUUAGUUCCUAUACGCUGAUACUUGAUUUCUGCCAUUACUACUACUUUUCGCCUCUGAAAAAAGAAAACUGGGAUGUUUUUGUAUUUAGACAUGAACUUGCUCUCCUAAGAAUAUCUGCCUUCAUGGGUCUAAUAAUAUUAGGUGGAAUAAGUGGACUCUUUUACACUCAGCUAAUGGGUAUUUUCACUGACACUACAAGUAUAGAAAAAAUGUCAAACUGUUGUGAAGACAUAUCGAAGCCCCGAAAGCCAUGGCAGCAGACCUUCUCAGAAGUUUUUGGCACUCACUGGAAGAUCCUGUGGUUUAUUCCUUUCAGGCAGAGACAACCACUGCGAGUUCCCUACCACUUUGCCAGUCACAUCUAAACAGAUGGAUGGUGGGCACAGAUGGGUCCUCCAUGCUGGAUGUGCGUUACAGGUUUUAUGAUAGUAAGACUAUGACAGUCUUCGAGUCAAUUGAAAUCCACCCACCAAUCAUAGGCAUCACAAUGUGCCCCAGGCUUUAUUUUAAUAGUAGUCUUGAUUCUGUUCUUACAUUAAGACAAGUUGUAGGUUUAAUUUUAGGCAUAUUUACUGUCAGAUUAAUUUUCCAAAAGGAUUUCUUUCAUCUUUGAGAUUAAUAACAAACCCAAAUGACUGGAAUGCAGUCACACUUUAUUUGUUUGAUACUGGCUGUUUUGAUUAUUUUUUUUUUGGUAGGAAACACUGAAGUUUACAUUGAUUGUUAAUUUUCCCACUAAGUGUCUUAUUCUGCCUUGAAUGUUUUUUUAUUAGUAGGUCUGUUGAGAUAGUAUUCAUGUCUUUUUUCUGCUACAUGUGUUUAAAACUCCCUGAUACUGCCAUUUAUUUAUGAUAUGCAGCAGUAAUCCUGCAGCACUGCACUAUAAAAGGUAACAUUUACAACUGAGACAGACUUCUUCCUAAAACUUUUUCAGAGAGGUUUUUAUAAAUACAUAUAAAUGUAUGUGUUUAUAUAAAGCAAUCUUACAUUUUACAGUUAUCUUCUGCACAGAUGUGAUCUUAAUGAAAAAUAUUCAUGUCUUUAUGUCAACAAAAGUGAUGAAACGUUCCAGGGUAAAAUAUGCAGAUAGAAAGCAUGUUUUCCCUGUAUCCCAUGGAUUUCUUUGCAAUACUUCAACAGAGAAGUUGUAUGGUGCAAAUACUAGAAAGAUUACUUUUUAAAAUGAAGAUUUAAUUAUUUGGCACAAUGUACCAUAAAGAAGAGUAUAUUGUCAAUAAAGUUAGAAAUUUUGUAUUUA